CUAUUUGUUGGACCAGACUUUCUGACAUCCAGCAUCAGGGUCCAUCAACAUCUCUCAUUUGAUGGAGUGAGGAAUUCUCUCUCAGAUCUGAAGAAGAGACUCGAGGAAUUCUGUGAGGAGGAAUUCAACAAAAUCUCUCCACAUGCUGCAGCAGUUCAGAUCUUUACGCUAGCACCACAAAGCAGAGAAGAUUUCCUGAAAUAUUUCUGUUAUCUGACUCUGGAUCCCAACACGGCACAUCGUAAACUCACUCUGUCUGAGAAGAACAGAGAGGUGAGAGACAGUGGAAAAGAGCAUCAGUACUCUGAUCAUCCAGAGAGAUUUGACAGCUUAUUUCAGGUGUUGUGUAAGGAGAGUGUGUGUGGACGCUGUUACUGGGAGGUGGAGUGGAGCGGUACUUAUGUGUACAUAUCAGUCUCAUAUAAAGACAUCAGUAGGAAAGGACAGGGUGAUGAGUGUGGGUUUGGACGCAACAAUCAGUCCUGGAGUUUGGACUGUCGUUCUUCUUCUCUCUCUUUCUAUCACAACAACAUUAAGACUGAUCUCAGAGCUCCAUCAUCCUCCAGAAUAGGAGUGUAUGUGGAUCACAGUGCAGGAACUUUGUCCUUCUACAGCGUCUCUGACACAAUGAAGCUCCUCCACAGAGUCCACACCACAUUCACUCAGCCUCUGUACGCUGGGUUUGGGCUCUACACGAGCUUUGGGCUUUACAGGUGGCCUGACUCUACUGUAAGAUUGUGUGAUCCAGAAUAAAGUGUGUAGUGUUUUGUGUAAAAUUCCUGCACAUUGUCACAUUGUUGCUCAGUCAUCUGUCUCACUAACACACAAUCCAGCUGCACAAACAGCUCAGUA